CCGGCGGACAGGUCGGAUGUUGUUUAUCGCAUAGAGGCUGCAUCUUCCUUCAGCAACACAGUCGCGUUGGUAUCGCGCUCCAUAACUGACCAUACCCAGUCCGACUGGUUGCUGACCGAGACAUUCGCCUCGCGUUCGCGACCAUGAGAACAUCCAAGUCUCAACCUCCCUGGACCCUUGUCCUAUCACUCCUCAUUUUCUUUCUAGUCCUUCCCGAAUCGCAGACUCGAAGUGUACUCGAUCUCGCCAGCGGUGCCGAGACUCCAGUGAGUGACGACAGAAAAGAUGGUGCUUUGGUUGCGGAACCGCUGCUAGACGGGGCUGAUAGCGCUUUAAGUGAGAGAAUCAAGACUGGGGUCCAGUUCCCUGGACCUGUAGAUAACCCUCAGGAUAGUCUUCAAGCCGAGGAGAAGGGAAUCCGGAGAUUCGACGCCGAAGAACCCUCCGCAGAGCUUCCGCAGAAGGAUCAAACAAUCCCGAAGGUCGAGCUUUCGGAAGUGAAGGUCAAUGUCCUGCACGAUCAUGAGGAUGGACAAAGGAGAACGGUCGAGAGUGACGAAGAACAAAGAGCGAGGAUUGAAACCGAAGGUGAAAUCUCCUCUGACAGUAAGAUCGAGAAAGAGAAUUUGGAACCAACUGUUAUUCCUGAAACGGAAGGGGGUGCUCUGACCUCCAGAAAUGUAGUCUCUAUAAAUUCCGAAGGGCUCGGUAAGUUUAAUUCCGAAAGUGAAAAAGAUUCUAAACAGGAACUCGAAGCACCAAAAUUAGCUGACACUCCUUCAGCAAAGUCUUACGAUUCACCGAUAGAGUCAUUAAAGAAAGAAGCUUUCCUUCUUCAACAACAGGUGAGUGACAAAACACUUUUUGAAUCUGUCAAAGAACCAACACUAGUUAUGUCGGAAUUUCCUCUCUUAACGGAAUUAGAAAUCUUAAAAGCCCUCAAGUCCGUCCCUUCUAUAAAAGAUCACCACAUUCUGGACAUCGAACCCUUGGGUCACCAUGUUCUAAGUGACAAGCAAACGGAGAUAAUACAAUGUUCCGCGGCAUUAAUGCAGCAACAGCAGAGACCAAAUUUCUUUAGGGGCAUGUACGACUGCAUUCGAGGUCUGAGUGUUAUGAACUGCAUGCGAAUCUUUGUUUACCCAAUUAUAGCCGAAACUGUUCCGCAAUUGAUUUUGCAAAACAUGCCGAGCCUUCCGAUCGAAAUAAACGUUUCCGAUCUUCUGCCGAGUAAAAAUAAAACCAAAACAGCCAGGUCAGGUGCUUAUUUGGUCUACACUUUGCUGAACACCGAAGACGUAUUUAUCGGCAUGUUGAAAGACGUUUUAGAUACUCAGAGAAGCCACGAAAGUGUCCCAUCCUACAUCGAUUCAAUGAAUGAAACACUCGUCAAGUUGUUGUCGCCAGGGCAAAUGAAGAUUCUGCAAAUGGGAGAGAAGAUCCUUCCGAUCUCCAGUCGUCGAGAGUAUUCCGACCGAAUGUAUUCCUGCAUAAGAAGAUUUGAGUAUUUCAGUUGCUUACGAUAUUUCGCUUGGCCGAUGAUGAAAUUAUAUUACCCUGCUCUGCCCGAUUUCCCCGAGUAUGAAAUUUUAUACCCCAUUCCUACUUUCGCGGAAUAUCCGAUCCUCCCCUUUCCUCUUGAACCUCUUCCAGAAGUGAUUGAAGCCGACCUUACGAAACGGCCAGACGCCCUAAUUUUGAGGCUUUUGAGAGAAGGAGUGAGACCCGGACUUCGACCGGCGUUGUCCUUGUCUAAUUCCACUGAAACUUUGAAACUUUUGGAGCAGAUGAUUAAAACUCUACCAUCUGCAAGUAAGGCUGUCUACACUAGACCUGUAGCACUACAUAUCCCACAAGAUCAACUAAACUCUCUUUAUGUUGCAAAGCAAAUUCUCCCUCCACAAUUACGGGCAGAGUUUACCUCACAAUCUCUCAAAUGCAUUCGAGAAUUCAACUAUUACGCUUGCAUGAAGUACUACACAUGGCCGAUUAUACGACAAGCUCAACCGACUUUGCCCCAAUUUCCCGAUUUAGCGAGUCUUUUCCAAAUUCCCGACUUCUCGCAAUUUUUUUCACAAUUCCCCAAUCUUGCCAAUCUGUUUCAGUUGCCCAACUUCCAGUUACCGACCUUCCAAUUACCUAAUUUCCAAUUGCCGAAUUUCCAGCUACCAGAAUUUCAGUUGCCUAGUUUCCCAACUUUCGGACAACCGUCGUUUCCAAAUAUACCGUUUUUCCCACAACCCCAAGGUCCACCAUCCAUCCCGACUUUCCCAGGUGGACCAACGAUACCUAUACCUGAAAUACCAGGAGCGCCAGCCUUACCACCCAUUCCAGAAGCACCAACUGUACCCUCCAUCCCUGGAGCACCAUCAAUCCCUCAAUUUCCCCAAGUACCAGCUGCACCAACCAUACCUCCUAUUCCUGGAGUCCCAUCAAUUCCUGCCAUCCCACAAGCACCAACCGUUCCCCCCAUUCCUGGAGUACCGUCAAUCCCCCCAAUUCCUAGCAUACCAACAAUUCCAACUGCACCGCCUGCUGUGACUCCGACUUCCACUCCUAGUGUUAUUAUUCGAGAUGCUCAAGGUAUCCAAGUAGAUUCAUUUCAUCUCGAGGAUUCGAAACAAAGUAUUCCGGAAUUAUCAGGACACAAUUUUCCAGAAGUAGAAGCAAGGAACAGUUUCCUGGACAAAGCGAUCGAAUCGAACAUCACGGAAGAGUCAGCAAUACCUAGUCCACAGAAACCUGACAUUCAGAUCUCUUCUCGAAAAAACGAAAUCUCGAACGUUCCACUCAUAACCUUGACAGGAACCGAAUUUGUACCGAUUCUAUCCGAAAAACCAGAAACAGUCAUUUUCACAAUCCUGCGACUCAAUCAAAUAUCAGAUCCAAAUCUGAUGCACACUCUCACAAUUCCCUUUCUAAACGCUUCCACUCCAGAAUUCGACAGCUUCUUAACCCUACACCAGGAGAACAUCAUUUUACUAGCUAAAAACAUGCUGCCCGAAUCAAUUAGAUCCUCCUUCUCCGAACAAAUGAUCUCCUGCGUACGGGACAAAGACUUUUUGACCUGCUCCAAGGAUGUAAUGUUCCCCACUCUGAAGGAAUAUUUUCCAAACAUACCCAGGUUCCCCAUUUUUGAACCACCUCAACAACCACAGCAUCAGAUUUCAGAGACGAAUGUGAAGACGGACAAACGUGGCGAAGCUACUGUUACGAUAACGGACACGAGAUUCAUUCCCAUCUUCUCAGAGCAUCCAGAAGGUGUGGUUAUGAAUAUUUUGCGAGCUGUUCAGAUCUCGAUUCCAAACUUACCAGCAGGAGUUUUGAAGACCAGAGAGAUUGUCAACAGACUGGAGUUUCAGAAGAUCCUCACGGAGAAGCAGAUUGGGAUUUUGGAAAUUGCAGAAACUCUUCUACCGGAACAAUUGAGGGAAACUUUUAUCAAACGGAUGAUCGAGUGCUCGAGGGACGCGUCCUUUUUGGAAUGUACCAGGGACAUUGCCUUUCCCAGUAUUGCCCAGUAUUUUCCAAAUUUACCCAAUUUCCCAAAUUUUGGCAACCAGCUGGGUACCUCGAGGCCUUUGGAUAGAAAUUCCUUUCAACUUCUUCGAGACGGAUUAGCACAUCACUAUCAUGAGACUGAGUACUUGCAGCAAAUUGAAAAUCAUCUGCAGAAUGAAAUUGAGAAUAUUUUGACUAGGGCCGUUUCGGUUAAUGAACGUUCUAAGAAAACGGAAGAUGGUAAAGAAGAGUCUCAACCCGAAUCUUAUAGUCUUUUGUCGAAGCAGCAGAAGAAUAUUAUGCGUUUGUCGGACAAUAUUUUACCAGAAUCAGUUCGCCCCGCCUAUCAUGCGCGAAUGAUUGAUUGUAUGCAGAGCAACAGUUUCGUCUCGUGUAUGCAAAAUGUCGGCUGGCCCAUACUGAGACUCAACCCCCUUCUUCUCAAUUCUCCAGCUGCGAUAAUUCCUGAAUACACACCCCAAGCGUCUGUUCCCAUUCCAUCUCCCAUAAUCAUUCCACACGCACAAUUCAACUAUGAAAAUCUUGGAAACUUACAACGCUCUGAUCCAGGAAUUUCUUCAGACAUCACGUCGUCAGUAGGACGAGAAACUUUUGCACCUGAGAUACCACCCUACGCUGGACAACCAGUCGUCAACUUUGUAGAGCUUUCACGAGAAAGAAUUUAUCCCGGGAGAGAAGAGAACAAAGAAACUGAAUUCAAGGAGAAAAUGGAACACAGCAGCAGCAGAAGAAGAAGAAGUGCUACGGAUCUGUUAGAUUCCUACCCUGAAAACAUUCCAGACGACAGGAAAGCAUCAGUUCGUAAAAAUCUUUCAAAGACGACCUUCCCGAACAUCACAGACUCCGAAUUGCUCCAAAUUUUAAUUCAAAUAAAAAACUCCAAGGUUGAUCAACUCAGGAAGACGCCGCAAGGAUCAAAGAAAUAUUUUCUAGACGAGCUGAACGAAGAGGACAGGAAGACACUGACAGCGGACCAGGUGGAGAUUUUGAAACUCGUCGAGGACUUGUACCCGGAGGCGUCCCGUGGACUCAUGGGUCAGCUGUGGCAGUGCAUCAGGGGUUUCAGCCUCAUAAGGUGUGCAGGAGUCUUCAUCUGGCCAAUGAUAACAAACACGGUGCCAAAUCUAGUUCUUGGCUCCAUGAUAGGCAACCUGCCAACCUUCGGGCUCCUGGGUCGCUCGGAGACCGAACAGCAAGUUGAGGAACUAUUCGGAAUAUCCGCCAACGAGUUCGAAAAGAACCUCAUGGAGAGGAAGCACGAGUUUGAAGACAUUCUUCUCAACUGGUAUAAAUCUCUAAUGCAGGAGAAAUUCGAGACGAGUAUCGGAUUUUUAAAAAUCAAGGGCCAUGGAAAUGGAGAACUGGGCAUCAGCUUAACGGGCUAUAGAGAAGGCAGAGCAAAAGUCAUCAAGGACAAUAAGAAUCUCCCCAGCAUCUUGACGAUCAUCAGCGAUAUUAUGGAGGACGUCUUGGAGCCAAAACCAAACCCCAACAGAAACAGGAAAGAUCCGAAGCGAGGGAAAAGUUUCAAAUUCGAAGAAAGCAAUUAUCAAUCUCUUCAGGACGCGAAAGAAGAUUCCAAAGGUGAAAUAGCUAUGAAGGACGACCGAGUUCUUGCUGCGCUGAUAGAGAAAAUGAAAACCAACGACUCUGAUACAAGGACCGACAGUUCGGAAAAGUAUUUCAGUAUCCAAAAUGCUUACAAAGCUUUCGAGCUUCUCUUCGGAACGAGAUUGGCCAGUCAAUUCGAAAAGUUAAAAUCGUUCAGCGAAGAGCACUUGCGAUCGUUUAUCAAUAGAAAUAUGGAUGAAGACAUUCCUAUUGAAGAUGAGUUGAAGAUAAUUCCUUACGAAGUCAAGGAGAAAUUUCUAGAAGACCAGUUUAAAAUCAUUCCUCUCCUGAAUUCUCAGACCUACUACAGUUUCGAUGACGAAACCGGCAAAUCUAAGGAAGCUUCAAAAGAGCCGCUGAAGAGCACAAAUCAGGAGAAAUCGAAAAAAGAAGGCUUGACCCAUAGAAAGAAGCAUCGAAACGAACUGUCUAUAGAACUCCCGCGAUUGAAGGACAUCAUCAUCAGCAAGAAGGUGACCAAUAAUGUCGUCAACAUGGCCAGGAACAUAAAAACGAAAAUGACGCAAAUGAUGCCUGGAAUCGGAAUGGCGGUGUCUUUCCUCCUGCAGGUGGUCAUCGCUCACGCUCGAACAGCAGCCUCAGUGGCUUCCCUCAUGAGCAACAUUGCUCUUGGAAUGGGAGUCUUCAGCAUGAUCCGCGACACCCUUUUCGGACAAAAUCCGAAAGUAAAGUACGUCUACGACACCGAAACUGCAGAUCCAGCAGUUUCAUGGCCCAAAGAUCCUAGCUAUUGGAAAUAGGAGUCUAGAGACUGAUAAGUUUGGUUUGAGGGUUCUGUAGUGCUUCCCUUAUUUAUUACAGGAAUAGAAAAUUAAAAAUUAAUUCAAAAAUUUAAAAGAAUCAUCAAAUGUAAUGUUUUUAAUUGUUUUCUUUCUCUCUCUCUCUCUGGGUUUAAGGUGAAGGGUGCCAUCGUGCUAGAUUUAAGACGACAUCAAUUCUCAAAUGCUCAAGAGUACAUCGAUAGAUUUCUAUGUAUUUUUAUAUAGUAUUAUUUUUAAUUGUAUCUCCCUUAGUUCUUAUUAUCUCACACGAAAAAAAUCUUUACCCGAAACAUUGACAAGUUUCUCUAGAAUAGUGAAAUAAAAUAAAUGAAAUUCAAUAAAACAAUUAAUUUCAAUAGUUUAGUGAAAUUUGUAGCUAUUUCAGGUGAAGAAUUUUGCGACGUGCAAUAAUAUUUGUAUCAGGAAUGCUUAACUAUUUUAAGUUCUCCUUCAGAAAUAUCAUGUAUCUGGUUUUUAAAAGACCGUGAUUUUGUGAUGCAUCAAUUCAAGAUGCUUUUCUAAAAAUAAAUAAAAAGUACUUUAGAAUAUAGAUAGAUAAUCGAUCAAGAAACAUAAACAAAUUUCAACAAUGGAAGAAAAUAAACGAUUAUUGCUACUUUAGAAUAA